AUGUCACAAUGGAGGAAUGCGAGGUUGAAGUUUCGAGCCGACAAGUUGGCCGGCGCGAAAAGCACCAGCGGGAAUCACCGGGACGCUGAUUGGACGGCCGGAACCAAGUCUGUGCAGAGCCUCCGAAUGGCCGCCUCAGGAAACCACCUCAAAAUCUCCAAUAAUUACAGCAUACUCCUUAUACUACUUCAUUUCAAGUCGGCCGGAGGAAACACAAGUAAAUCUACUGAAAUUCCGCAUUAUCCCCCCACAGCCAUGGCUUCUACGAACUCGGGAAUCACAACGGAUGCAGUGACCGGAGAGCGCUAUAUCCCCUCAUCGGUUCGUGCCGAUGGCACAAAACGCCGCGAAAUCCGUGUUCGACCCGGGUAUCGCCCCCCUGAGGAUGUGGAGCUGUAUAAGAACCGUGCUGCACAAGCCUGGAAGAACCGUGGUAACUCCGGAGUGCCUGGUGCAGAAAGCUUGAAAACCGAGAAUGAAAGCCCCGCUAAAACAGGUACGGCUGCUAGUAACAAGAAUGCCAAGCGGAGGGAAGCGAAGAAGAAAGCAAAGGCAGCUCAGGAAGGAGCAGCUACUACCGAGGGCAAAAAUGUAAACGAAAUCGACAACUGGCGUACCCCGGCUUCGGGCGCCGAUAAGAAGCAGUCUAAUGGACCAGAUAAGGCAGCUGGAGGAGCUGAAGAAGGGGUCGAUCCAGAAGCCGAGAAUGAAAAGAAGGCGCGCAAUUUGAAGAAGAAACUCCGGCAAGCACGCGACCUACGGGACAAGAAGAACCAAGGAGAAGCCCUGCUUCCCGAGCAACUGGAGAAGGUAAUCAAGAUCCAGGAACUGAUCCGCCAACUUGACGCACUCGGAUUUGAUUCGAACGGUGACAAGAAAGAUGGCUCUGCGGAGAAGGAAGAGAAAGUCUGA